AUGGUAGCAGUGGAGCAACCCUUCCUAGGGGACAUGACUUUCUACCACUUUAACAUGAUCGUUUCCGGUGUAUGCACUUUCAUUACUUGUGUAUUGAUCUUUAGUCUUAUGGCGGAACACGCCAGUCAUUGCAGUGUUCCCAAUGAACAAAUCAAAAUUAUGAGAAUCGUACAUAUGCUUCCUGCCUUUUCCGUUCUAUCCUACCUAGCAAUCGUCUUCCCAAACUCAUACGUCUAUUUGGAAGGAUGGACAGAAGUAUUCCAGGCCGUUGCGCUCUAUGCAUUUCACAUGCUUCUGAUUGAUUUCGUUUCCCCGACCGAGCGAAAACGCGACGAAUUCUUUGGGAAGCUUAAAGUGAAGAAGAUUUUCAGGAGAAACCAAUAUAGGGAUGGCAUUUCGUGGCUGAAGCUCAGCUAUUAUUCAACACUGCAGUACCCGAUUGUUAUCUUCUGGGUCGCCAUCGCUCAGUCUGUCGCUGCGGCCUUUGACCGAUACUGUCUUGAUUCGAAUAAGCCGGCCUUUGCCCAUCUCUGGCUUCAAAUUGUCCAAGAAGUCUCUGUAACCAUCGCUAUCAAUGCUGUUAUUCGAUUUUAUGCAAACACAAAGGAUUAUAUGCAAGAACACAAGCCAUUGAUGAAGCUUCUAUCGUUCAAAUUGAUGGUCGGUCUUAUCUUUAUCGAACAGGUUGCCUUCAUGAUCCUAGAAUCCUCAAAGAUUUUCAAAGAAACCCCAAAACUCAGCUACGCAGACGUCCACAUGGGGAUACCAACAAUGGUAAUCUGUGUCCAAAUGGUCCCCUUCGCAUUCUUCAUGCGCUACGCAUUCAGCACAAAAGUAUACCGUGUGAAACUAUCACCCAGCGACUCCGAACAAAAGCUUGCCGAGAUCAACGAGCACGGACGACCCGUACCACGAUCUUAUCAAGGUGGAUCAUAUGGCAUAUACGCCUGGCUCGCAUACUACAACCCCACGGAGUAUAUGCGGGAGGUGCGAUCCAUGUACAGGACUUUGCACCAUGUUCAUGUGCGGAACCAGAAGCCGAUUUAUAAAGAGGAUGUUGAGGACAACAGCGAGCAGGAACAGAGAUUGAGUUCGCAGACUGCUUAUGAGCAUAACGAGCCGUUUGAGCAGGUUCAACUUUCGCAGGUUGAGCCUCUUAUUGAUGCGGUGCAAUACCCAGUUCAAUAUCCAGCUCAGUCGCAUUAUGCACCACAGGGAUUCGAACAAGCUCAGGAUAGACAAGGGGAAAAUGGGCGGGAAGAGGCUCGGGUGUAUGGGCGACCAUACCAUUAA